GACAAGGCACGCACACAGUCACACACACAUAUAAAAGAUACAGUAUCAUCAAUUUAUACUGCUAUAACAUAAUGUUUUCAGCAGGGUUCUACAUUGGAGCACUGCUGAUUAUAGCUCUUACCAAUUUGCUGUACAAAUGGAGGUAUCCCAGGUGCAAUGGAGUUCUCCCGCCUGGUUCGAUGGGUUGGCCACUCUUUGGAGAGACUUUUCAGUUCUUUUCUCCCAACCCUACCUGUGAUAUUCCUCCAUUUGUCAAAGACCGGAUGCAAAGAUUUGGACCAAUAUUCAAGACUAGUCUGGUCGGACGACCCGUGAUAGUAUCUACAGAUGCAGAUCUAAACUACUUCAUCUUUCAGCAGGAAGGACAGUUAUUUCAGAGCUGGUAUCCAGAUACCUUCACUGAAGUAUUUGGUAGGCAAAAUGUAGGUUCUCUACAUGGUUUUAUGUACAAGUACCUUAAGAACAUGGUGCUCAACCUCUUUGGCCCAGAAAGCCUGAAAAAGAUGCUUCCAGAAGUUGAACAGACAGCGAGUAGGAACUUGAAACUGUGGUCCAGCUUGAGUAGCAUUGAUAUAAAGGAAGCAACUGCAGAGAUGAUAUUUGGCCUGACUGCCAAAAAGCUAAUCAGCUAUGAUGCAGAAACAUCUCCUGAGAAUCUAAGGGAAAAUUUCAAGGCUUUUAUACAGGGGUUGAUUUCUUUCCCUGUGGACAUUCCAGGAACAGCAUAUCACAAAUGCUUGCAGGGGAGAAAGAGGGCAAUGACAAUGAUGAAGAACAUGCUACAAGAGAGAAGAGAGAAGCCAAGGAAAGUCCAGGGCGAUUUCUUCGAUUAUGUUCUGGAAGAACUUCGACGUGAGGAUACAAUUCUCACUGAGGCAAUCGCCCUGGAUUUGAUGUUUGUGUUGCUCUUUGCCAGUUUUGAGACAACCUCCCUGGCACUCACUUUAGCAACAAAAUUUCUUUCAGACCAUCCAUUGGUUUUGAAAGAACUGACGGAAGAGCAUGAAGAAAUUGUUAAAAGAAGGGAAAAUCCAGAAUCAGGACUAACGUGGAAUGAAUAUAAAUCAAUGAAAUUCACAUUCCAGGUUAUCAACGAAACAGUGAGAUUGGCAAAUAUAGUACCAGCAAUUUUCAGAAAAGCAAUAAGAGAAAUCAAGUUUAAAGGAUACACCAUACCAGCUGGAUGGGCGGUUAUGGUUUGUCCUCCAGCUGUGCACUUAGACGCCACUAGAUAUAAAGAUCCCUUGGACUUCAAUCCAUGGAGAUGGCAGGGGACAGACACACAUGGUGCAUCAAGAAACUUCAUGGCCUUUGGAGGUGGCAUGAGAUUUUGUGUUGGAACCGAGUUCACAAAGGUGCAAAUGGCUGUAUUUCUCCAUUGUUUGGUAACCAAGUACAGAUUGAAAGCAAUCGAAGGAGGAGAAAUUCUUCGAACACCUGGCUUACAAUUUCCUAAAGGAUUUCAUGUUCAAAUAUAUGAAAAGAAAUAAAUAGAAGCAAAGGGACGUCAUAUACUUAUGGCGGACAGGCAAGUCAGAUGAAUGGCUAUCUGAGCAUGAGAUCAGGGAACUGUGGCACUGUCUUCCCGGGUGUAUCACUGAUACAUACAUUCAUGAUGCUGAAGACUUUCAAGAAUAAACUACUGCUAGAUGGACGUGCAAGUGAUCUCUCUUUUCUCUGGAUUCAACCAAUGUGAGGGAAAUUUAAAAAAUGUGACAAAUUUUGGCUCCUGUAAAUUACGAAAAUAGGAAUAGAAGGUGAAAAUGAAAACAAUGAAGAGAAUAUAAGCUGUAGUACUUCCAUGGAUUGUUGGUGUGAAUAUGUUAAUAUUAAUUACUUCUUGCAUCCAUAACUGGAGCAUCAAAAUGUUCAUUCCCACUUGAAAUAUGUGCUCUACACUGAUGCUCGUUACUCAUAUUAACAACAAUUGUUCUCUCUCUGCAUUUGGGCAAUCGAUCACCAAAUUCUU